AUGCCUCUUCAUCCUGCAAUGAUACCUUCUCUUCAUCCGAUUUUUCAACAAACCCCUUACGCCAUCUCGUCAGCUUUUAAGCCAUACUUGACGCAAACUCCAAACCCCACAAACAAUCAGAAUUUUUUCUAUUUCCCGCCAACUCCCACCGAAAGCCAUGCCGAUAGUGAGGAUGAUAAGUCUCAAGCUUCAUCCGAAUCGGAGAUCAUCCCACAAAUGGAUUGCCCAAAAUUGGAAGCACAACCGAGCAUGAGUUUAGAGGAUGAGGAUUUGGAUGAGCCACCACCAAUCCUCACUCCGCCACCCGAGUUGAAUCGAGAAUGCGAGAUGGAGAUCGAUCUUCCCUCAAUCAAAUCGGAGAUAAUUGACCCGAAAUGGGAUCUCCCAAAGCCGAUUCCACAGAAAAAUCAACUCAUUAUCAGUGUUGAAUCGAUUGAACCAACCCCACCAGUGACACCAGAAGAAGUUGAAGAAAAAGAGGAAAAGGAUGAGAUGAAAGAUACGAUUUCUGAGUCGGGAAACUCGAUUCCAUCCAUUGAGGAGAUUACACAAGAAUUUGAAGAGGAAAAGACGAAAAUUGGGAAAGUGAUUGUGAUAACGAGAAUCGAGGAGGAGAUUCGAGAGAAAGUGGCCGAUGUUGAACAACGAAAAGAACCAGAAUCAUCCUCAAAACGAGCGCAUUCAAAGGAUCGCAAAUCGUUGCCAUUAAAGCGACGAAAAGCAUUGGAGAUGAGCGAUUACGAUGGGAAAUGUCAAUGGGCAGAUUGUGGGCAUGGAAGUGAAGGGACAAAUCAGCUAUAUGAUCAUGUGAUCAAUGAACACAUCGUUCCAUUGAGCACUUUCUGUUCGGCGACUCCAUCAACGAGUGGAAUCUCUUCGCAAUCUCGAGAGGGAUCUGUCUCAUCAGAAAUCUCAUUAAAACAAAUUUUGCGAAAGAGACGUUCAUCACCGGUGCAAUGCUCAGAUCAAGGAAUCGAUUCAGAUUCGGAUGAGAUUGAUCCACUUGGAUGUCAAUGGGCUGAUUGCGAAAUGUGCUUGACAAGAGGCGAUUCUGAUAGAAAGUAUCAAUGGCUUCGAGAUCAUUUCCGAACAAGACACGCAAAAGGAGCGCAGACCUACAAGUGCAUUUUGGAGGGAUGUAAUGCCAGAUUUCACACCAAUCGACAGUUAGAAGAUCACGUUCGCCUCACUCACAUUCAACCAGCGAACGCAAAUUCGCAUCGAAAAGAUCGAAAAUCGGGGGAUAUUUGGAAGAAAAUGUUGAAAGAGCUGCCUUCGGAUUUCCCGUUGGGUAAAAAUCCAUACUACUCAUCGUUUCAUCACGCUCAACUCGUUGGCCACGCUCGACGCUUGGAGAAAUGUCGAUCAGGAGUCAUGCUAGAGUUCAAGUCAAAGAAAAGUGCUCAUGGAUCGGCGUGGAGGAAGAUCAAGAUG